CUAUCUAUAGUUAUGACCAGAGCUUACGUGUUUAGCCAUCACUGGUCACACAGUGACCUACCUAUAAUUUUCAGUGAGAUGUAACUGUAGUCAGUCAUACAGAAAAAAAAUGUAUUAAUCAACAUUGGGAAAGAAAUUGUUUUAUUUCAUUUAAGAGCAGCAUUUCUGUUUUGAAAUAGGCCAUCAUUACAGCAAAAGAUGAUUUCACAUAAACAGGUGGACUGUACCUAAUAAUUUGAUUGCCAUUUUACGUUUGUUAAAAGAUAGGAAUCCAUCAGUUUUUCGAGUCACUCGUGAUCAAUUGCAAUGCGCAAAACAGUGGAAAAUAGACGAACAAUAUUGUUGAAUAAUAAUAUGGUAUCGUACUAUGGUCCAGUUGUCGAGUAGCUAAACGAAAACAGCGUAAAACGGGUGCGCUCACUGCAGGAGCAGGACUCAGGACAGUGUUUCCCGAGAGGAUUUAACUGUCCAUAUCGAGAAUAGUAUAAGGAGUGUUGGUUGCAGAGCUGUGAGCGCGCCGCCGCCGGUACAACUACAGUUGUUGUGUAUCGGACUGAACACCGAUAAUAAUAUAAUAUCGUCGAGUGCGACAACGUGCCGGUACGCGGACGCGAUUAGAUCUGUCGGGCGCGCGCGGUCGCCUUAUCUCGCGUCCACUAUAGUGUCUGCGAGUGUGCGUGUGUGCGCGGCGCGAUAUACCCACACUAGCACAAAUAGACCCACACACGCGCAGGCAGUGUCUGUUCGGCGGCGCGCGUUCAACGUCUGUCGUGUGGUUGCACAGCAGGCUAGCUGUAGCGAACGGGUUGUGGUCGCGGUGGUGCCGGGCCGUGUCUGAGGAAUACAAGACAACAACGACGACAAGUGACAACGACAAUACACGUAUACGAUAUUUACAUAAUAUAGACGUGUAGUGUUGUGACGGUGCUCUCGAUGGCGGCGAAGAUGGCGGAGAUGCCUACGCCGGAGCACGAAAACGCUUCGUCCGCGGUGCUGGCGAAAAUAUUGGCUAUGACGUUCCUGGGCGUGUCGUCGUUCGUGGUCGGCAGUACGCCCGUCUGCGUGUUCGAGCGGCUGGGUAUCCGACGGCGAGCCCGAGGCGCCGCGAACACCGCACUUCGGUUGAUACUCAACUUUGGCGGCGGCGUGCUGCUGUGCACCACAUUCUUGCACCUAUUGCCCGAGGUCCGGGAGGGAGUCGAACGGCUGACCGCCAAGGGGACGCUCGACCCGAAAUCGCCUUUGGCCGGCCUGCUCGCUGAGCUCAUCAUGUGCGCUGGUUUCUUCUUCAUGUACUCGAUCGAGGAGCUGGUGCACGGGUUCGCGGGCGGCGACUGUCACGGGCACCACAGCCACAGCGGCAGCGGCCACAGCACCGCGGACCGCGGCGGCCGUGACGAUUGCGGUACGGUGCCGCAACAGCGCCGGAACGAUUCAGUAACCGCGGCCGGUCAUCCGAACGCCGCCGGGUAUGACAAGGUGGACGCGGCCGGGCGGGUGGCCAACUACAACUCUUGCAUGUCCACGGUCGAGCUGGCGGCGGCCGUCAAGAAACCUGGGCCGAUCGUCAAAAAACCGGUGCCGGUCGAAGAGUCGUCAUCGUCAUCCGAGUCGGUCCUCCGCGGUUUCUUGGUCGUUGGCGCACUUAGCAUACACGAACUGUUCGAGGGCCUGGCAGUCGGCCUGGAGGAAAAUCCAAAGCAGGUUUGGUCACUUACUGUGGCCGUUACAUGCCACAAGCUGGUGAUUGCAUUUUACGUCGGAUUACAGAUGCUUUCAGACAGGACGAAGCCAUUGCUAGCGCACUGUUCAAUAUUGCUUUUUGCUGUCACGUCUCCGAUGGGUAUUGGCGUGGGCACUCUAGUCAGCAAUCUCGAAGAAACAAACUCUGUGGUCCUGUUUUCAGUCAUUCUACAAGGAUUAGCUACAGGCACGUUAAUGUAUGUGGUUUUCUUUGAAGUGCUCAAACCGUCUGUUGGAAGUUUACCAAUUAAACAAAGAAUAUUACGACUAAUAUUUAUUGCUAUUGGUUUUGUAUCGAUGCUUUCCAUUCAACUGCUUAUAUCAGAAUCCGAAUAAUAUUUUCUUAGCUAAUUUACAUAGACUUGAACGAAUAUAUCUAAUUAUGUUGGAUAGUUGUGUACUUGUGUAUGAUUAUGUGUCCAUUUGUCCAUUUACCUACCUACCUAUACGAUUACCAAUUGGACGUAUGAUAUGUAUUUAUAUAUGUUAUGAUAUUAUAAAUAUGAUAAUAAUUUAUUAAUAUAUUAUAUUAUACAUCAUGAAGAAUAGUGAAAUGUACCUAAAAACUUAUAGCUAAAAAAUAGGUGGCCAUACUGAAAUAAUAAGUCUUAGUAUUACAAUUUACAGAAUAAAAAUAUACCUAUAUAACACAAUCAUUUACAGUCUUAAAAGAUUACUCUACAGUAGAACGAUUGAAACUUGAAACAAUCAUUGACUAUUUAAUAGGUAUUAAAAUGGUAUUGCUAAUUUUAUGAAAAGUAUAUCUCAUCACUUGGGCGUAUAUAAUUACAAUAAAACAGUAAAAAUGUAUCAGUUCCGCUUCAUCUGAUUGGUUCACAUUUAUAUUCUAUACGAGGUUUUUCAGUGGGCCCAGUUUUCAUUGCGUAUGAAAUUCAAAUGAAAUAAUAAAAGUACGUCAUUCGUAUAAAUAUUUAAUUUGUACGAGAUUUUUUAGUUAUAUUAUUCUAUUUAUUGGACUCUUUGCAUCGGUCAGCGUACCUAAGUAAUAGAACUCAUAAACCCUCUUCUUAAGAAGGACUGUUUUAUCUCUUAGUGGCUAAGUAGAUAGCAUAUUAAACGCAAUUCGACAAAUACAAAAAAUAUCAAAGUUAAUAAUUACUAAAA